AUGGAAGCCACCGACGCUGCCAAGCCCGGCGGCGACAGCGACGGCUCCUGCUGCUUCCGCGCAGAUUUCCCCUGGAGACGUGGCACGCCCGGAAUAAAGAAGAAAAGUGCCUGCCCGGGGCUUGGCCUGUUCUAUACACUGUUGUCUGCCUUUCUCUUCUCCGUGGCUUCUUUAUUUCUAAAGAAAAUAGAAGAUAUGCACUCAGUGGAAGUCAGUGCCUUUAGAUGUGUUUUUCAAAUGGCAUUUGUUCUUCCUGGUUUAAUAUACUACAAAACGGGUUUUCUCGGACCAAAAGGCAAACGAAUAUUUCUUUUCUUCCGAGGAUUGCUUGGCUCUGGGGCAAUGAUCCUUCUUUAUUAUGCUUUCCAAGUGAUGCCUCUUGCUGAUGCUACAGUCAUUACUUUCAGCAGUCCAGUUUUUACAUCACUAUUUGCCUGGAUAUUUCUCAAGGAGAAAUACACUGUUUGGGAUCUUCUUUUCACCCUGUUUACAAUCACUGGAGUUGUGCUUAUUGCAAGACCACCUUUUUUAUUUGGAUCCAGUGUUACUGGAAUUGAAAGAAGCUACACAGAUCAUCUUAAUGGGACAAUAGCAGCUGUUUCAAGUGCAGUUGCUGCAGCUUCAACAUUUGUUAUACUAAGAAAGGUGGGGAAAUCAGUGCAUUACUUCUUGUCUAUUUGGUAUUAUGCGGUAAUUGGCUUAAUAGUAUGUGUAAUAGCACUUUGUGUAAUGGGUGAAUGGAGUUUACCCAAUUGUGGUACAGAUAGAUUUCUCCUAGUAUUAAUAGGACUGUUGGGGCUAGGUGGUCAAAUAUUUCUUACAAAAGCAUUACAAAUAGAGAAAGCAGGUCCUGUAGCUAUAAUGAAAACAAUGGAUGUGGUAUUCGCGUUUAUUUUUCAAAUCCUUUUUCUCAAUGAUUUCCCAACAUGGUGGACAGUGGGUGGUGCCCUUUGUGUAGUAGCUAGUAGCUCUGGAACUGUCAUUCAGAAGUGGUAUCAAAAUUCAAAAAAAAGUACAGAAAAUGAAAUUUAACAGGCUGGCUACUAUUUCAUAGAGCAAAGCACUCAUAUUAUUUAUUUUAAGUAAUUUAUCUAUUGAUCUGUGUUUUUUUCACCACCACUUUUCUUUAUCUAAGCAGGAGUAAUUACCAUCACUCAGUGGUUCUGAAUGUGGGCCUGGACCCAUGGAUGCUUGUGUUUCUUUAACAGUUUCCUUGCCCUCUCCCUGCAAUAUAACAAAACUGUUCUGAAACUAACAAGACAUUCAAAAGAAGUUAUUUUAUGUGGCAUUGGGAUCUGGUGUUCAAAGUAAAAAUGUAAAACAAAAUCCACCAGGCAUAGCUAAGCACUUGGGCACACCUAAAGUAGCUCUUUGGAUACUAGCCAUAAUUUCUUGUGCCAUGCAUCCCUGAUUUAUAUAAAAGUCUGUUGCUCAGAGCCACUGUUCAUUCAUUGUAUAAAAUGAGGAAAGAAGAAGCACAAUAAGUUUGCCUAUCUUCUUUCUCCACUUCUGUUGUAACUUGGAAAAUGUAUCUCAAAGCAUUACUUCUAAUCUCUUUUACAAUGAGAUUUGUCAGUUCUGGAAUCAUCUCGGGUUCUUGCCUGGGAGAGAUCCAGAAGUUCCAUUUUACAGUGGACGUGGGAAAGAAACAUCAGUGAUUUGAUUUGUGCUGUAUCAUCUCCUAUGUUUGAAAUGUCCAUUAUACUGUUAAGGAAAUUUCUCCAAACCCAGCACCGUUAAUGAUAUUGGCAUUGAUCCAGGAGAUAUUCAUGGAGAUAGUGCUCCCAUUCCAACUACGGCAGAUAGUGUUCCAAGAGAGCACUGGGUACUUCCCCCUGCCACAGUGGGGGACUUCCACCUCUAUAUCUUGGGUUGAAUUGUGCUCGGUUCAUGGAAAAUGCAAGAUGACAGGCUCAUGUAGAUUACCAUUGUUCUAACUUUAUAUUGCAAUACAGCUACAUAAGCUUUUAAAGUAUCAAAUAAGACAUUGUGUGCUGUACAAACAUAUGUACCUUAAAACUAUUCACUUCAACAACAUACAAAUCUUAAUUUAAUUUUGAUAUAAUGGAUUCAUCAAAUACAGGGUUUGUCUUCUCUGGAAGCAGAGAAAAGUUAAUUCAUGUUAUUGUGUGUGUGUGCGUGUGUGUCCCAAACUGAGAAACUGAAGAACAAAUUGUUUAUUUUUAAAGUUUUGUUUUCCAGUUUUGGCACAAUUGUCUUUCUGUGUUUGGUAAAAUGAAUCUUAAUGUAUUUGUUGUGAUGUAAACUGGAAUAUUUAUACCUCUUUUUAAAAAUACGUUGUGCCUUUGUAGACAAAGCAAAAGCCAUAUUGGCUACUAUUAUUCAGCUGCUGUAGUUCAAAUAAAGAAAGGCAAUAGGUGAAAUACAACAGUGUCCAUCCACCAACACAAUGGACACUGUUGGUAAGACAGAUUCUCCCUUCCUGCUGCAGUUCCCUGUAUAUUCCCCAAAUCUGCUCUACAGGGUUGGGGACCUGCUGGAGCUGAUUUUAGGGGGCUUGUAGGAGGACGGAAAGGGGACAUCCCAUUGUGCAAGCAGAGGUUGGCUUGCAUAAAUUGGAUGGUAUCCAGUGGCCACUUGUGUAACUGGCCAUUUCUUUUCAGUGGAACAGAUUGUAGCUGCAGCCAUGCUUAAUACUAUGCAAAAAUGUUUUUAAUAUUUGCUUAUUUUGCUAUGCAAUUAAAGCAGUAUCUACUUGUCAGUUAUGGCAGAAUUAUGGAUUUAAGGAUGAUAAACAGUGUUAUGUUAAGCUAUGAAUACUAAGAAUGGGAUGCACCAGAAGUUGCUGCAUUCCAGAGACACAAAACAAACUGUUAUGCUAAUCAUGCAGCAAUAUUACCAUAUGCCACUGUGUGCAAAUAUGCUUGUGCUAUCAGAAUUGGUGUGCUUAUCAACUUAAAUCCAGGUAUUUGAGUACAAUUGGCUACGGGUCAGUUUAUUGCCUACCUAUUGUGAUAAUGCCCUAAGACUAGUACUAGUCUGUAGCAACAACAAUAACAAAGCAGCUCAAUCUAUUGCUUUGAAGCUGUGGUCUGUCAUGGGUGUCCCCAUUCACAAAAGUAGAGAAUCCAGAAGCAAUAUAAAGCUUUCUUGGUAUUGGUGCCAAUGGGUAAAACCAAGACUGCAGAUAUUACAUUGUGUAUGCAUUGUGUUGGGAUGAACAUGUGUACCAUAUGUUAAAUUGCAAAAUUUACACAUGAACUACAACCUCAAUAAAUUGAGAUUUUACAUCAGAGCCUUUUCCCCCAACCUGGCACCCUUGAGAUGUUUUAGAUUACAGCUCCCAUCUUUCCUGACUGUUGACCAUGCUUCCUGGGGCUGAUGGGAGUGACAUCCAAAAACAUCUGAAUGGUAUCAGAUUAGGCAAGGUUGUUAUAGGGCUUUUUCUAUGUGUGCUGACACACAUUUGAUUGUGGGUAUUGACAGCAUAUCUGUGUACAAUUUGGUCAGCUAAACCACAAGGAUCAUAAAAUAGAGUAAUCAACAUUUUGAAUUCUUAUUGUUCCUCACUACUUGUUCAGUGAUUACAUUUCCUGUUCGAAGUGAUCCCAGCCAAAUUCUGGUCCAAAUUCAUGGGUGUCUUUAUCACCAAUAAUAAAACUGGAGCACUGGUCAGGAGAUUCUGAAUUAUCCCCCAGAGCCUGUUUUUCAUUCAGGCAAACACAUGCUGCCUUGUUUUCAUGUAUUUUGCCACUAAAGGUACUAUUUCUAAUUUGAUAAUGUUUAUGGUACAUAACGUGUCAAUGCCGAGCUGGGAAUAUUAGUAAAUCAACAGAUCAGGCUAGCAUUUCCCUGUAUGUACCUUCUCUUAUCUAACUAAUAGGAAGUGACAGGAGAUAUGAUGACAUGUUGCCCUUUGAAAGGCAAAUCCACGCAGAAUGAGAGAACAUCCAGGAACUUGAUGUUCAGUACGCUUAAGCAAGAGGAAUCAGCCUGAGAUCGUCAUAAACACCACUGUGAUACACAUACAAUUGUACAUGAGAAUCAAUCAAUGCAUAUUCAAAUGUAACACUAUCUUGUACACAGAGUAAGCAUAUAUUAGGAAGUCUGUGCAGACUCUAGCAGGCUCAGGAAAGGGGAGUCCUAGUGUUACAGAUUAACAGCAAACAGCCUAAACUUCUGGACUGGAGUUGUGGGCCUUUGCAUUUACAACAGCAGAGAAGUCAGAGCAAAUGGGCCUUUGGGGAAUGUUUAGGAAAGUUUUGCAAACUCAGAAACUACUCUUCCCUCCCCCCCCCCCAAAAAAAAGAUUUUUAAAAUCUUUAGCCAGUAGCAAGGAGCUAUUCCUCCUUUGUUUUUCUCAGAACAUGUUCUCCUUAGUGGGAGUGCAGGGAAAGGUGAAAAGAGUACACCAGUUCUUCUAUCCCUGCUGGUUGAGAUAGAUGUGGGAGGGACUGUUAGAAUUUUAAACAGUAAGUGUGUUGUGUGACAUGAAGCCAGUCUUCCAAAAGCAACCCAUGAUGUAAUGCAGGGCUAGCCCUACCAUUAGGCAGAGUGAUGCAGAUGCUAGGAGGCGGCAGCAAGGUGCUGGAUGAGAGACCUGUGUGCCAUUUAUCCUGCUCUGUGCUCUCUAAGCUAGCCUGCUGUCUUCAGGUUCAAUGAAGGAUGCUAUCCCAUCAUCAAUGUUAAGGACAGGUUCAUCUGCAAGUCAUCUGAUGGGAUGGUAGGGGAUGCCCUAUUGUUCUUCGCCUCAGGCAGCCAAAUGUCUUGGGCCGGCCCUGGUGCUAUGUGACAAGCUUCUCCCAAAAUUCAGGCAUGUCUUCUGAUGCAGUAUGGUGGAUUAUGGUUAGGGUGUGGGAGAGCAAGACAUAUUGGUGUAUGCAUAUGGAAAAAGCACUUGCAUGGACAAGUACUUUCAAUCUCACCAUCACUGGUUUAUUAUACCAUGAAGUCAUGCCAAAUAAGUAUUGUUAACAUGCUUCCCACUUCUGAGAAAUAAGAACAUAAGGAAAGCAUGCUGGAUUAGACCAAUGGUCCAUCUAGUACAAUAUUGACACAGUUGCCAACCAGCUGCCUGUAGAAACCCACAAGUAGAACAUGAGUGGAAUAGUGAACUUCUUCCCAACUGGUGUACAUAAGCAUGCCUCUUCUGAUAUUGGAGGUAGCAUAUAGCCAU